GUCAGAAAUUUUGUCGAAGCUCAGAUCGAGCGACGAUCCCAUACGAGUCAACGAUCUUGCAAGGCACAGGCUAUCUCACAUUUUCCCAGUAAACAUGUCUUUGACUCAAAUGAUCCGGAAUGAAUUGAUUCGGAGAAGGGCUCGGAAAAAAAACGCCGAAAAUCAACCACCACCAGUUGAACCAAAACUUGAUCAGGAGGGUCAAUUCAUCAUUCGCCUUCCCGAGGAAGAAGCAAAGAAACUAAGGGAAGCUUUGAGGAAUGACGAGAUCUUCAAAGAUAGAUUAGGUAUAAAGAUGGAAAACGAUUUGAGGCACGCAGAAGUUCGAUUCGAUGAUGAUAUGUUCGAAGCUAAAGUCGUCGAUUUACCAACGAUUGUGGAAUCGUUAAAAACGUUAGAUGGUAAAAAGUUUUACAAAACCGCAGAUAUAUGUCAAUUACUUAUUUGCAAAAAAAAGGAUGAAGCUUCAAAUUCUUUCAAUAAAACGAACGAGUUUUACAAUGAAUCUAAGUCGAUACUCAAAGAAGAGAUGAAAGAUCCUUCGAAAGUCGAUAAAGAAUUUUUGUGGCCUGAUGGUAUCACGCCCCCACUAAAAGAUGUUAGAAGGAAGAGAUUUAGAAAAAUUAAAAAAAAUCCUUCUCGAUCACCUGGAAUUAAGGAAGAAGUAACAAGGCUUUUGAUAAAUGAUGAGGAAGCGAUCAGAAGUAAGUGGGAGGUGUUAUACGAAGACGAAAAUGAAGCAGUGAGACCAAAAUGUGAAAAUUUCUCUGACGAACCCGAAAAUCAAGAAGUAAAACCCAAAAUUGAAAAUUUCUCCGAUGACGUUCCAAAUGAGUGUGACAUAUUUGGAGGAGCCGUUAGUGACAGCGAUGAAGUAGAUGAAUUUCCAGUAAAAUUAGAACCAAUUGAUGAAACUAGUAAUAUGUUCGAAGAUUCAAAUUCAGCACUUUUGGAUCAAUCCUUUAAUGAAUCAACGGAAAAUAAAGUUCCUCUAGUAGUAGAAUUUAAUAAGGAAAUGUUUACAACUGAAACAUCGCACGAACAAGUUAAAAUUAAAGAAGAGAUGAUAUCCGAAGUAGGGUUAAAUUAUAACAAUGAAACAUCGGAAGGAACCUUUGCUGAUUUUAAAAUUAAAGAAGAAAUUAUCGAUGAAGUAGAGUCAACGAAUCACAAUCAAAAUUAUUCGAACUCCCAAACUGCGAUAAAAAAUCCAGAUAUGAUUGCUAAACGUGAACAACUGCAAAUAGAUAUUGCUAGGCUACGAGAGCAAAUAAGAGAACAUAGUGAAACAUUAGAAAGUAUAGAAAAUGAAAACUUGAGAGAACGCUUUAAAAACUUAAUAAUUGAUUCGUUAGUUAUGCAAGAGAAAAAAAUUAAAGAGCUUCAAGAACUUGAAGCUUCAAUGAAUUGAUAAAUUAAUUAAAAUUUUUCUCAUCAAAUUGUAAUAUUAAAAAAUUUGACCACGUGAAAAAAAGUCAUGUCGCAACAAGCGUAAUUAAGGCUAUAAAAAGUUAUAUUAUUAACGCCAACGAAACUUUUUGGUGACAAUAACAAAUAGCUAUAAUUUUGUUAUUGCAACUAAAAAUAUUAUACAAUAUUUUUAACAUACCUAUUUUUGGUACUGCCUAGAUUUUUGAUGAGAGUUAAACAAAACGUUAUUCUAUGACAAUGAUUAAAAAUAUUGCAUAAUACUCUUGCAAUAAAGUAUUCUUAGUUGCUGUAACAACAUUAGCUUUUUGUUAGUGUAACCAAAAACGUUAGCUUAGCACCAAUAAUAUUCAUAAUUACCGUAAUAAAAUAAAUUGUUGUGUACACAAUGAAAUUCUUUUCAGCAAUGCAGAAUUUUUAUUUGUAGCAUAAAAAAUCAAUACUACCAUCACAAUA